AUGUCUCGCAGAACUUCGACCAUGGCGUCGAGCAGUUCCAACAACGGCGUGCCACCCUCCGCCGACGGAGGCCAAGAGAAGCAGAAAAUGCUCCUUUCGUCUGAAAAUGGCCAUUUCAGCUUAGUGAAAGCUCUUCAUCUCGCCGACCUGGUGACCGAACUGAACGUUAUGUCGGUCUUCUCGUCCAUGCGCUAUUGUCUCUCGGAUCCCUCUGAUUACAGUGCCUUGUGGGCGGCUCUCGCGUUCAUGCCAUUCGGCCUAUUCUUUGACUUCAUGGAUGGCAAGAUCGCGCGCUGGCGCAAGAAGUCCUCGCUCAUGGGACAGGAGCUGGACUCCCUCGCGGAUCUGAUUUCCUUCGGUCUUGCCCCCGCCGCGGCCGCCUUCGCUCUCGGUGUUCGAACAACUCUCGACCACUUCUUCCUGGCCUUCUUCGUUCUCUGUGGCCUCACGCGUUUGGCUCGGUUCAAUGUUACCGUGGCCGUUCUCCCGAAGGAUAAGAGCGGCAAGUCGAAGUACUUCGAGGGCACCCCCAUCCCCACCACUCUCGCUAUCGCAUCUUUCAUGGCCUACUGGGUCUCUCAAGGCUGGACUCACGAGAACAUUCCUUUUGGUCUCAUUGCCGAGGGCACUGUCUUUGAGUUCCACCCUGUGGUGCUGAUGUUUGUCUUGCAUGGAUGCUUGAUGGUCAGCAAGACCAUCCAUAUUCCCAAACCAUGA